UUCCCCUUUUUUUGUUGCCGCUUUCACGACCUUCCGAUUCUACCCGAUCGGUUCAUUCGGAUCCGAACCCCCACCAACCCCACAAACGCAUAUGAUCUUCUUCUCCCAUCUGAUAAUCGCGCACAGAAAAAAACCCUAGCUCAUUUCUCUCUCACUCCGCCAUGGGAGACUUCAACGAUCCCUUCAUGCGCAACCAAAACGCCGCCGUCCAGGCCCGCACCAAGGCGCAGAAUCGCGCUAAUGUCCUUCAGCUUAAGCUGAUUGGGCAGAGUCAUCCCACUGGUCUUACCAACAACCUCUUGAAGCUCUUUGAGCCUCGACCGCCGUUGGAGUUUAAGCCGCCUCCGGAAAAAAGAAAAUGCCCUCCUUUGACUGGGAUUGCACAAUUUGUGAGUAAGUUUGCAGAGCCUGGAGAUCCCGAGUAUUCUCCACCGGUUCAAGAGGCAGAAACCCCCACACAAAGAAGGGCUAGAAUACACCAUUUAAGACUUGAGAAGGGUGCAGCAAAGGCUGCUGAGGAACUAGAGAAAUAUGAUCCACUUAAUGAUCCGAAUAUUUCUGGAGAUCCAUACAAGACUUUAUUUGUGGCUAGGCUUAAUUAUGAGACAACUGAGAGCAGAAUUAAAAGGGAGUUUGACGUUUAUGGGCCUAUCAAGCGGGUUCGUUUAGUUACUGACAAGGAGACAAAUAAACCACAAGGCUACGGGUUCAUUGAGUACGUGCAUACAAGGGACAUGAAAGCUGCAUACAAACAAGCUGAUGGGAGGAAAAUUGAAGGUAGAAGAGUGCUUGUAGAUGUAGAACGUGGGAGAACUGUCCCGAACUGGCGACCUCGCCGACUGGGUGGUGGGCUUGGAACCACAAGAGUUGGAGGUGAAGAAGUAAAUCAGAGAUAUUCUGGGAGGUAUAUUGCACAGGGAGCAGGAAGACCUCGAUCUGAGGAGCCGAGGACAAGGGAUGAUCGGCAUGUAGACCGGGAUAGAGAAAAAUCUCGUGAAAGGGCAAGGGACAGAGAUAAAGAACGGGAGAAGUCGCGUGAGCGCUCCCCUGAACGUGCCCGUGAGAAGUCUAGGGAUCAUGAUAAUAGAGAGGAUAGACACCACAAGGAUCGUGAUAGGAACAGGGACAGGGAUAGAGAAAGGGAAAAGGGAAGAGACCGCGGUCGUGAACGUGACCGAGGUCGUGAUCGUGAUAGAGGGCGGGACCGCGGCCGUGAUUAUGAGCGUGAUCGAGAUAAAGAACGUGAUCGGGAGCGUGACCGUGAUCGUCCUCGAGAUAGGGACAGGGAUUAUGAGGUUGGGGACCCUAACCACGACCGUGGACAUUCCCGUGAUGGUGAGGCUGAAUAUGCUCGUGUUGAUUCAAAGCAUGAGAGGGACCGUCACGGCGAAAAGGAUCGAGAUUAUGACCACUUGGCACCAGAAGAUGACCGGGGAUGGUACGAACAACCAGAACAUGGGCAUAGGCACCCAGAUCAUGAUCAUGACAGUGAUCAUUAUGAGCAUCACCGUGGUCAGUACGACCAUAUGGAUGUCCAGGAUGAACGUGACCGCUAUGAGCAACAUCCUGAUCAUGAUCGUGACCAUUAUGAUCAUAUGGAGGAUGACUACAACUAUGAGCGUCGAGAUGUGGACCGCGACUAUCGACGAUCUGAGAGGUCCCUUUCUCAGGAGUACUGAGUACUGAGGGUGGAAGUGAAGUGUCACUCCCAGAUUUCCAACUUACAUGCUUUAAUCAACUUAAAAGAUGACAUUAUAUGGAAGCUGUUCCGCACAAGAUACUUUGUUUUGGAUUCAAAUCCUUUGUUGUGUGUUCAAAGAUCAAAGAUUUUUAUUUUUAUUUUUCCGCUUUAGGUUACUUUUUUUAUUAUUAUUAUUAUUAUUUUAAUUUUGCUGAAUACCGCUUGAGGGUACUUGCUUUAGUUGGUAGACUUUUGUUUUUGAGAGCCUUUGCUGCUGGCGUAUGUGGGAUAUUGUCGUUAGCGUGCAAGAAAAAGUGGAUCAUAUUGUCUUUGUUGA